GGCCGGCGGACGCCGGGGACAAGGACGAGGCGCUGGAGGAGAAGCUGCGGAACUUAACUUUCCGGAAGCAGGUCUCUUACAGGAAGGCAAUCUCCCGGGCAGGCCUGCAGCACCUGGCUCCCGUGCACCCGCUCAGCCUCCCUGUGGCAAACGGCCCCGCCAAGGAGCCCAGAGCGACUCUGGACUGGAGCGAGAACGCCGUGAACGGAGAGCACCUGUGGCUGGAGACCAACGUCUCGGGAGACCUGUGCUACCUGGGCGAGGAGAACUGCCAAGUCCGGUUUGCAAAAUCGGCUCUCAGGAGGAAGUGUGCCGUCUGCAAGAUCGUUGUCCACACCGCCUGCAUCGAACAGCUGGAAAAGAUUAACUUCAGAUGUAAACCAACGUUUCGAGAAGGGGCCUCAAGAUCCCCAAGAGAAAAUUUUGUACGUCACCACUGGGUGCAUCGGCGGCGGCAGGAGGGGAGGUGUAAGCAGUGCGGUAAGGGCUUCCAGCAAAAGUUCUCCUUCCACAGUAAAGAGAUCGUGGCUAUCAGCUGUUCCUGGUGCAAGCAGGCGUUUCACAAUAAGGUGACCUGCUUCAUGCUGCACCACAUUGAGGAACCCUGCUCCCUGGGGGCUCAUGCGGCUGUUAUUGUCCCACCCACGUGGAUCAUUAAGGUGAAGAAACCUCAGAACUCCCUGAAGGCUUCCAACCGGAAGAAGAAGAGAACAAGCUUCAAAAGAAAAGCCAGUAAAAGAGGAACCGAACAGGAAAACAAAGGUCGCCCUUUUGUGAUAAAACCUAUCUCUUCUCCUCUCAUGAAACCCUUGCUUGUGUUUGUAAACCCCAAGAGUGGAGGCAACCAGGGAACCAAAGUCCUGCAGACGUUCAUGUGGUACCUGAACCCACGUCAAGUCUUCGAUCUUUCUCAGGAAGGACCCAAAGACGCGCUGGAGUUGUAUAGAAAAGUACCAAAUCUGCGGAUCCUGGCCUGCGGCGGGGAUGGAACGGUGGGCUGGAUCCUGUCCAUCCUGGAUGAGCUGCAGCUGAGCCCCCAACCCCCUGUUGGGGUCCUUCCUCUGGGGACGGGGAACGACCUGGCCCGCACGCUCAACUGGGGCGGGGGCUACACGGAUGAGCCUGUUUCUAAGAUCUUGUGCCAAGUGGAAGACGGGACAAUUGUACAGCUUGAUCGCUGGAACCUCCACGUGGAAAGAAACCCAGACCUGCCUCCAGAGGAACUUGAAGAUGGCGUGUGCAAGCUCCCACUGAACGUGUUCAAUAACUACUUCAGCCUCGGAUUUGAUGCCCAUGUCACCCUGGAGUUCCACGAAUCCCGAGAAGCAAAUCCAGAGAAAUUCAACAGUCGUUUUCGAAAUAAAAUGUUUUAUGCGGGGGCAGCCUUUUCUGAUUUCCUGCAGAGAAGUUCUAGGGAUCUAUCCAAACAUGUUAAAGUUUUUUGUGAUGGGACAGAUCUCACCCCAAAGAUCCAGGAGCUGAAGUUCCAGUGUCUAGUAUUUUUAAAUAUACCCAGAUAUUGUGCUGGCACAAUGCCCUGGGGAAAUCCAGGAGAUCACCAUGAUUUUGAACCUCAGCGUCAUGAUGAUGGCUAUAUAGAAGUUAUUGGAUUCACCAUGGCCUCUCUGGCUGCCCUGCAGGUUGGGGGCCACGGGGAGCGGCUGCACCAGUGCCGGGAAGUCAUGCUUCUGACUUACAAAUCCAUCCCCAUGCAAGUAGAUGGGGAGCCCUGCAGGUUGGCCCCGGCUAUGAUCCGGAUCUCCUUGAGGAAUCAGGCCAACAUGGUACAGAAGAGCAAGCGGAGGACCUCCAUGCCUUUACUCAAUGACCCCCAGUCUGUCCCAGACCGCCUCCGGAUCCGAGUGAACAAAAUCAGUUUACAAGACUAUGAAGGAUUCCACUAUGACAAAGAGAAACUCCGGGAGGCCUCCAUCCCUCUGGGUAUUCUUGUCGUGCGUGGAGACUGUGAUUUGGAGACGUGCCGCAUGUAUAUAGACCGCCUGCAGGAGGACCUGCAGUCCAUUUCUUCUGACUCCCAGAGAGCUCAUUACCAGGACCACGAAACCUCCUUCCCCAGGGCCCUCUCAGCUCAGAGGCUCUCCCCUCGGUGGUGCUUCCUAGAUGCUACUUCUGCUGAUCGCUUUUAUCGAAUAGACAGAUCUCAGGAACACUUGCACUUUGUGAUGGAGAUUUCCCAAGAUGAGAUUUUCAUUCUGGACCCAGAUAUGAUGGUGUCCCAGCAGGCGGGGACAACUCCGGGGAUGCCCGACCUGGUGGUGGAGCAGGCCUCGGGGAAGUCAGACUGGUGGAAUCCUGCCCUUCGGAAAUGCAUGCUGAGCGACAGUGGGCUGGGAAUGAUAACUCCCCAUUAUGAGGACUCGGAUGUGAGGGAUCUCAGCUACUCCCGCGUGCUACAGUCACCAGUGUCUUCAGAAGACCACGCAAUUUUGCAGGCAGUAAUAGCUGGUGACCUUAUGAAGCUAAUAGAAAGCUAUAAAAAUGGAGGCAGCCUGCUAAUCCAGGGACCUGAGCACUGUUCACUCCUUCACUACGCAGCUAAAACCGGCAACGGGGAGAUUGUGAAAUAUAUCCUCGACCACGGGCCCUCCGAGUUAUUGGAUAUGGCAGACAGCGAAACGGGGGAGACUGCCCUGCACAAGGCUGCCUGCCAGCGGAACCGGGCCGUGUGCCAGCUCCUGGUGGAUGCGGGAGCAUCCCUGAGAAAGACCGACUCCAAGGGUAAGACUCCUCAAGACAAAGCACAGCAGGCUGGGGACCUGGAUUUGGCUGCUUACCUAGAAAGCCGUCAGAACUAUAAGAUCAUUGGCCAUGAGGACCUGGAGACCGCCGUUUGACCCUGGUAGAUGGGCGGAGAACACCUGAGCGAGCAUAUCACCUACGCCCUCCCAGCCAUCGGGCAACUCCCCGGGAAGAAGCUGAUGGAAUCCAUCUAUCUGUCUCUCUCCUGCAAGAAUCUAUCUGAGACCAUGCCAGCAGUUUAAGGGCUACCAGAAUGGACAUCCGAACAUGAUAGCCCACUGAGAAUGAGGCAGGCUACCUGGAGAUGUGUGGACUAUGACGUCCACAAAAUUUGAUCCUUACUGCUUCCAGCAAGUAGCAUGAACUUCUGUGUUUACCUGUAUAACUUAUUUUAAAGAUUCAAAGGAUGUCCAUGUUAAUGGCACAGCUUGCUCCUCCCCCAAUGCAUCCAUCUUUCCCCCAUACCGCAUAAUUCUACUGUAACUACCUACCCAUUUUAAGAAUACGAUAUCUGUUCUCUUUCCAUUCCAUCUUUGAAGACCACAAGGUUGUCUGAAGGUCUUUUGAAACCCUUUGGAUGUUCUGCAGAAACAGCAAAAACAGAACUAUAAAUCCACUUCCAUUUCCAAGACCAAAUACACCAAGAAGCCUCCUUAGAGACGAUUUGCAUGCCCCCC